AUGCCCCAUCACCAGGGGCAAAUCCCAUCCAGGACUGAGAGCCGCACCACGCAGCCAGAUUGUAAGGGCAAAGAUGUUAAGUUUGUUGGUGAGUGUGUCAGUGCAGAGCAGCUGAGGAGAGGAUGCUGGUGUGGAGCAGCAGCAGGAGGACUUGGCAGCGAGGUGUUGGACGGUAAAGCCAGCUCAGACCAGGCUGAUCGGCCUGCAGCCAGCACACAUGUGAUAGCAGAACCUUGUGUUCUAAACAGAGCAGGUGCAAAGGCCUUGUCUGCCUUUCUUUCAUCUAUCCCCUCUCACAGCCGUGAAGCUUGGCUCUCCCUCCCCUGUUUCUCCCAGGUUCAGCUUCUUGUCUUCCAGGCGAUGCACUCGGCAGUGUCUCCCUGUCCAUCUCUCCAUUUCCAUCCCUGCACCUCCUGGCUCCCUCUCUCCGAGGAUCGUACUUCAUUUGCUCAUGAAAACACAUCAGCUUUCCACAAACGCCCAUCCACAAACUCUGUCACCCUGAUGCCCACAGAUGGCAACUUCCUGUGGUCCUGCUCAGUGAUUGGUGGAGAGACUUCCAAACAGAGAACAGCUGGUCUUCUCGUCAAUGGAAAGGACAAGUUACCACUUUGAACACCAGAGGGCGCCAUUUCACACCAAAACUUUCUACAUCUUCACGGUAUGUUUAAAUGCAAAUAUGUUAAAAGUUUUAUAGGUUGGAGUGACCAAAUGA